UUCAUUAUUUUGGUUAACAUUGACAACGCAGGUGGCCACACAAAUCACACUAAUAAAGGUCUCACCUGGAAAUGGACUCCUGCAGAGCUCAGAUAUCCAGCAUCAUGGAGCUCCGUUACGCGCUGAUAUCUCUCUACCUCAGUAUCCCUCUGUGCAUUUCGGACACUACUCCCAGCAAUGGCCCCGUUUUGGAUCCAUUUGACUUCCUCUUCGACACUGCGGUGGACGCCUACAAUAAGGGGGACUGGUUGUCGGUCAUCCUGAACAUGGAGAAGGCGCUCAGGAACAAAGCUAUGGUCCGGAGCGUAAAGGCGCAGUGCCGGCUAAGCUGCGCCAACCAGACCGCGUUCGGUGAUCGCCUGGCCGGGCUAGGAGUCCCUAUUCCCGGGGCCGGGUCUGUGGAUGACCUCGGCUUCUUCCAGAAAAUCCUGAAACGGGCUGACUGUGUGAACUCCUGCGAGACUGAGAAACUGGGUUCACCUACUCUGCAUCAAGUCACUGACGAAGUGGAGCUGGAGUUUAAGAAGAGGACUCCCUAUAACUACUUACAAGUUGCAUAUUUUAAGAUCAAUAAGCUGGACAAGGCCGUGGCAGCUGCUCACACGUUCUUCCUGGCCAACCCGGACCACGUGGAGAUGAAACAGAACCUGGAGUACUACAAGAUGAUGGCAGGAGUACAGCAAGAGGACUUCAAAGAUUUGGAGGCCAGCAAGCAUAUGGCUGAGUUUCUGCUGGGAAAGAGUUACUACAGCGACGACUCUUUCGGCCUGGCGGCGGAUCACUUCGAGGUGGGUUUAAACGAGUACUUCACCGCCGAUAAGGAGUGCAAGGCACUGUGUGAGGGAGCUUACAAUUACGAUGGAUACAACUACAUGGAGUACAGUGCAGACCUGUUCCAAACCAUGACAGACCACUACAUGCAGGUCCUGAGCUGUAAGCAGCACUGUGCAGUGGAGCUGGCAUCGACUGCUGGCCAAGCCAAACCCUUUGAGGACUUCCUGCCCUCUCAGCUCAACUACCUGCAGUUCUCCUACUACAACAGUGAGAAGUACGAGCAGGCCAUAGAGUGUGCUAAGACCUUCCUGUUGUUCCACCCUGAUGAUGAGGUGAUGAACCAGAACCUGGCUUAUUAUUCUGCAGUGCUGGGUGAAGAAAAGGCACAGACCAUAUCAGCCAGACAGGUGGUGAAGCAGUACAUGCAGCAGUCCAUCCUGGAGAAAGAGCUGCUGUACUUCGGAUACGAAGCCUUUGGAAUCACAUUUGUAGAUCCAGACACAUGGACACCUGAAGAUGUCAUGCCAAAGAAACUGAGAGACAAGCAGAAGGCAGACAAAGAGACUGCAGCCAGGAUCACUGAGGAAAUAGGAAACCUGAUGAAGGAGAUUGAGACUCUUGUUGAGGAGAAGAAGAAGGAUUCUUCAGAUCUGGCCAUGAUACUCACACCACAAGAAGAUAGCCCUCAGGUGUAUGAUGACAUCAAGAUAACCAUGACGUCCAAUCAGCUGAACGGCUCCCAGCGGGUGCUGCUGGACGGGGUACUCAGUGAUGAUGAGUGCAGGGAGCUGCAAGGCCUCUCAAAUGCAGCUGCUCUCAAAGGUGACGGCUACAGGGGGCGCCCUUCCCCACACUCUCCUGGUGAGAUGUUCCAGGGAGUCACCGUUCUGAAGGCUGUGAAGCUCGGUCAGGAGGGAAAAGUUCCUCUGAAGAGCGCUCGCCUGUUCUUCGACCUCAGUGAGAAGGUGAGGAAGGUGUUGGAGUCGUACUUCCAUCUAGAAACUCCUCUCUACUUCUCCUACUCCCACCUGGUGUGUCGCUCCGCCAUUGAUGAGAAGCAGGAGGACCGUGAAGACCUGAGUCACCCUGUCCAUGUGGACAACUGUCUGCUGGUCUCUGAGCUCAAUGAGUGUAUAAAGGAGCCUCCUGCAUACACACACAGAGACUACAGUGCCAUCCUUUACCUGAACAGUGACUUUGAAGGAGGAGAUUUCAUCUUCACUGAACUCGAUGCUAAAACAGUGACGGCCGAGGUGCGUCCCCGGUGUGGCCGCGUGGUCGGGUUUGGAGCAGGAAAGGAAAACCCUCACGGUGUCAGAGCCGUCACUAAGGGUCAGAGGUGUGCUGUGGCACUGUGGUUCACCCUGGAUCCUACACAUGAGGAAAAGGAAAGAAUCCAAGCUCAAGAAAUGCUGAAGAUGUUUUCCACCCCUGUGGAUGCAGAUUUCAUCAAACAAGAAGAGACUGACAGCUCCAAGGCUUUACCGACAAAUCCAGAGCCUCCUGUGCAGGCAGAGCAGGAAAAAGCAGACAGUAAAGCAGACAGUAAAGCAGACAGUAAGGCAGACAGUAAGGCAGACAGUAAGGCAGACAAUAAAGCAGACAGUAAAGCAGACAGUAAGGUAGACAGUAAGGCAGACAGUAAGGCAGACAGUAAGGCAGACAAUAAAGCAGACAGUAAAGCAGACAGUAAGGUAGACAGUAAGGUAGACAGUAAGGCAGACAGUAAAGCAGACAGUAAAGCAGACAGUAAGGUAGACAGUAAGGCAGAUGUUAAAGCAGCAGAACAGAAGCCUGCAGACACACAGGCUGACAAACCAGCCGACCCUUCAAAAGACAAAGCAGAAAAGAAACCAGUCGGCAAAACAACAAAAGACACCAAAGCCAAAGCUGCUCCUAAAGCAAAGGCCAAAACUGGAGACCAAGCAAAGGCCAAAACUGGAAACAAAGCAAAGGCCAAAACUGGAGACCAAGCAAAGGCCAAGACAGUGGAUAAAGUCAAACCUGCUGCUAAAAAGGAUGGCAAACAGACGGUUAAAACACAGGCCAAGCAGGGAGACAAGAAGGAUGCAAAGCCUGCUGCUAAAAAGACAGUGAAAGUUGCUGCCAAGACGGACUCUAAAAAAGCCCAAGCUGACGCAAUGUCGGCGUCAGACUCUCAGAGGGGCAGGGUGGAGCUGUGAUCAAACAGCAUCUGUGACUGUGUAUGAGGUGUAUAUGUUUUCUACUACUUUCUUCAAGGUCUCUUCUGUGGGUGUCUGAAUCAAACCGAGUGAAAGGUGGAGUUUGUAAAGCAUUAUUUAUCUAGUGAGAAACUGUUGGAGGUGGAUGAAUUUAUGUUUAAAAGUUCAAUGACUGAAAAUACAGAGCGCCUGCUGUUUCACUGAGUUCUCCUCUUAUUGACUGACAAUCUGCCAAAGAGCCAAACGUACUGUUACCAUUCGUAUGUGGCAUCCAAAGCUUUAUAUCUGUAGACAUGAUGCUUAAUUUAAUCUCACAUUUCAACCUGACUUUUCUGUACCUGUUUAUUUGCUGUGUCAUGUUGGGGGUCGGGGGAUGGGGCAUCACUGGGAGCAAAGCAUUUAUAUCAAGAAAACUCAAAUCCACUUUGUGAAUCAUUGAAAUAAAAGUUGUGUUUCUAAGUCA